AUGAUAGGGGAGUUUAAUACUCCGGAGUGGAGGGAUUGGUGCAGACAGCCGGUCCUCUGCACGGAUUUGCCAACCUCAGCCCUGGGGGACAGCUGGAGACGUCGAAGGAGGUGGGAAGGUGCGUGCGCCCCUCUUACCAGGCCCGCGGAUGCUGGUGGUACCCAAGGAGGCGCCAGGAUCACUAGGGAUAGAGCUAAGCCAGGGGUCUUCUGCGCGAAGUGCUCCCAUCUCAGAGCAUCCUGGUUCACCUAUUUCUCCAAACUCGCCUUCCCCAUCUGGCAAGUGGGAAGGCUCGCUGGCUCCAGGACCCCUGGGGGCGGGGCGGUGGGGGGGGGGCAGAGAGCAGGACUGCUGAAACAGCUGCACGCAAGUGAAUGGGCAUCAGCACGGGGUUCGAGCUGGCUCUCUCGGGCCGCGGCGCGAGCGCGGCCAGGUUCCCCAGCCCCGUGCGGAGCGUGCCCUCCCCGCGCCGUCUGGGCCCCCGGCGGCCCAGGCCCUCCCCGCCUCCGCGCGCGGCCCUCCGCGGCAAGAUGCCCCGAGCUGCUCCGGUCGCGGGCGGAGGGGCUCGCGGGGCGGCGGGCCGGGCGGCGGGGAGCUGAGGGGCGCGGGCAGCGCUGGGGCCGAGGACGCACGCGGCCAGUCGGGCGGCGCGCGCUUUCCCCUCCCCCGCAGCCCGGAGCGCGAGCCGCCGUGACGUCACGGGCCGCCCUCCAGCCCCGCGCUCCAGCGGGCCGAGCGCGUGCGGCCGCCGAGCACAUGGGCCCGCGGGCCGGGCGGACUCCGGGCGGCCGGGACCCGGAGUAUCAGCGAGGGGCCGCGAGCGAGGGUGGGCCCCGGCACGCGCCCGGAAGCCCCUGAGUGGAUUUCCACGCGGAAAGGCUGUUGGCGGCCCCGGUGACCUGCGGAGACACGGCUGAAUCCACCUUCCAGUAAGUUAGAAUUCUGUCCUCUCCCUUUCUGGAAACUCGGAAGCCUCGGCCUUGCGGGUCGGGAUGCGUGGCUUGAUCUUUUGACCAGAACGGAAUUAAAAAGAUGGUCCCUCGUGGUGGCCGCGCCUGUCAGCUGCGUGGAGCUUCCCUGAAGGCUUUUCUGAGCCGCGUGGAUGUACAGUGAUUCUCGGCCGCCUGAGGAAUAACGCUGGUGGAAGCCCUCUCUCCAAUGACACACACCGCCCCAUUUCUGGAUGCUAAAGGUGGUUUUGGGAAGGCCCUGGCUGAGUGCCUCGCGGAUUCCUGCAGCCCGGGUGCCCCUGGUGGACGGAGGACUGAAGCUUCCUGCCUUUGCUGCCGACAGGAAUGUUCGGUUGGGGCUCUGCCAGCUCCCUUGGGGGCUCCCUAUGAAACCAUCCUGCUCCACCUGGGAUUUAGGUGCCUUUAAUCUGACAAAAAAAGAAUACGUAUCCAUUCAGUACUCCAGAGGGACUUGAAAACUGUUCUUCCCUGAACUCAAGCUGGACUAUCAUGGGAUGUGAAGAAUCAAGGCCGGGCUGAGGUUUCAGAGGAGUUCCGAGCUCCUGUGGAGAUUUGCUUCUCUCCAGCCUUGGGCUCUCUGCACUCUUGAACAUCUCAGGGCCCAGAAGAAAAAGAAGAAAGCCAGCCAGUUCUGGGAGCAGCCUGGGUGAAGAGAGAUGAGGAAACUGCUACUCAGAGACGUUAAACAACUUGGCAGAUGUUACACAGCUAGUAAGUGACAAAGGUGAAAGUCCAAGUGUGAAGGUCAUUUCUUGUCACUGUGGUCCCCCACGAGCCCAUGGACAAGUGUGGUCCUCCUGGAAUGGGAGGGGCCUGCUCUUAAUGAACAGGUUUGGAUGAUAAACGCAGAGCAGGUUGCAUUGUCUCUCACCGAUUUGAUCCUCCUUCAACUGAUCAGUGACGCUGUCAUUCACAACCUGGAAACUUUAAGAAAUAAAGAAACAAAAGUGUAAGGAGGUGAGCAGGGCACUUAAGUACCAAAUGGAAGUUUUAUGACAGAUCCCAGCCUCAACCACCAAAAGCCAGUUCCUUUCUCCAUCCUCAAUAUCUCUUCACUUGAGCAUCAUCUCCCCACAGGGUCACCGUAACUGUUCUCUCUUUGGUCCCUCUGCCUCCAUUUUGGACACUGCAGGAGAAUGGACAAAAUAAACUCCUACAAAGAGUAUGAUGGAGGAGUGGAAAUAAAUAAACUAGAGCUACGCGUGGCAAAUACAGGUGAAUCUCAAAAACGUAAUGUUAAGCAUAAAAAGCACUUCGAAGAAGGAUAAGGUAGAGUAUGAUGUCAUAAAUAAUGUUAUAUAUUGUGCCAGUCCAGGUCCCAGCAGGAAACAGAAGGCACCCUUGGAAUUCUGAAGAGAAGGAAAGGAAAGAGUCAUUUACAGAGGUGGCAGGUGUGAUAGAUUGUUUCGUGGCCACAGAUGCCUCCCAUCCCAUUAUGUAUUCUUCCUUUGCUGCUCCUUUCAUCCAGAUACGGAAUUAGUUUCCAUCCCUUUUAAUCUGGGCUGGUUUUGUGACUUGUUUGAACGAAUAGAUUAUGGCAAAACUGACUUGGAGUGAAUUCCAGAGAUCUUGCAAUUUCUGCUUUCACCCUUUUGGAAUGCUUCAGAUAUCACGAAAAGAAGCCCACGCUAGCCUACUGGAGGCCUCAUGGAGAGAAAGACCCAACCACCAGCCAACAGCAACCACCUGACACCCGAGUGAGACCAUCCGGGGCCAGCCAGCUCCCAGGUGAACAUCGGUUGGUUACAAAUGUAUCAGUGAGUCCAGCCAGCCAUGACCGCGGUGAGCAGAAGAGCUUCCUAGCUGAGCCCUGCUCAAAUCACCAGCCCACAGAGUUAUGAAUUAAAAAACGGGUUAAUGUUUCAAGCCGGUAAGAGGGUCAGAGGGUGAGAGCGACCCCCGGCCCUGUUGCUCGGCGCAAGGGCUGCUGAGUUUCAGAUUUAAGUCCGUCCACCUCCAGCACCUUUGUCUGGAUGAAAGACCCUCCCUGGUGUCAUGGCAGUUGGAGGAAGAGAGAAAAUGAUCCCAGAAUAUUAUUUGUCUAAGAGGAACGUUUAAGAUAAAAUAGGCUAUGUGAGGCCUGCCAUUAAUCGUCCCCACAGCACCUGGCCUAGGUGGGAGCCGGGAUCUGUGGUGAUGGAUAGGAAUGUUUUUCGAAUUCAGCUGUCAAAGCCCAGCAGUCAUCCCUGCCUCCUGGGUGGAACGUUUACAAUCUUCCUCUUUAGCGGCGUCUUAAGACACACAG